UUUUCGUUGUCCUUUAUUCGCGCUGUUCCUCACUGCCUGGUCGAGGAACCAAAGAUAGAUGGAGGGUAUAUAGGGAGGAAGGGUUUGUUCACUGCGCUGAGGUCACCAUGGUCUCCGAUGAUGACUCCCAUCCGUGGGAUCCCUACCAGACAUCACACAAACGUGACUUCGUUCACUGGCCCAACACGUCAGAACCAUUGUACGGCACUCAAACUCCAACUUUGCAGCGAAAACCAUACGUUCCCACAAAAUCCCCCGAACACUUGGCAGCCACAGAAUACAGCGCUGCGUUCUGCUGGAAACCAGUGUGUAAACCCGAGUCUAUACGCACUGGCACAUCCUCAGGAACCAGAAGAAACAACCCUCAUCCCAAAGAGGAAUUCAUGGUAUGGAGGCUUCCUAGAGGGUUAAAGCAGUUGUCUGGUGGAACGCCUGGCCCAGAAUUCGCCACAGAGCAGCAGAUAGCUGAGGCCCUCUCUGCCCAGUACCGCUCCACAUACAGGACCAAUUACCUCGGCAUCCCUCAAGGUGCCCAGCCACCCAAGAAGCUAAAGCCCCUGCCGCUGGAGAACAAUCCUCCUUACACACUGAACACAGAGAUGCGCCACCAUUUCCAGAGGCCCACCGAGAAGCAGGAACUCCAAGGCAACACAACCCGCUACGGAUGCAACGCACGACAUGGACUUGCUCCAAAAGGAAUAGUCCCAACAGUGGUUAAUGGCCACAUCAAGAAUCAGGAGAAAGGGAAGCAGCUGACCACUUAUGACAUGCACUAUGGAGGAAAGACCACGGACAUCUCAGCAAUCCUAAGAUCGCUUAACCCACAUGAGCUGAUCCAGCUCUAUAAACACCUCUCUCCACAAGAUAAGAAUGCUGUGGAUGAGUUUCUGUCCAUGACUUCCAGUCCAGUGCCUCCUCAGGCCAUUAAGAAGAGACUUCACACACCAGCUUCACCCAAUCCAGCCCAGAAGCCAGCCUGGGUAUCCUACUGGCCGGGCCCCAUGUGAACACUGCACAAUUCUGUGGUGUAAUUUGGAAUAAUGACCUUAAAAACAUGGGCAAGCUGUCCAUUUCUAGGUGUUUGUGAAUAAACAAACAGUUGUUCUGCAUAUACACAACUGGCUUGGAACUGUCUUCA